AUGGCAUCUUCUCCCAUCUCCACUGCCAACGACAUCGAACCGGCCAGCUACUGUGAUGCCGGGCUUGAUGAAACUGGAGGCGUUGGCUAUGGCGGUGACUGUAAAGCCGUAGAGCAGACACCACCACCGCACAUCCUGGACGUGCUCGAAAAGGACGAACGCAGUCGCAUUACUGCCAAAUGGUGCAAGCAGAUGGAAGGUAUUGACGACCUAUCCUCCAGCAGCUCUGCCUUCGAAAGUGUCCUCCCUUCUCACAUAAAAUACAGCAUAUCGGACGUCAAUCUGUCGACUGAGGCUGGCAAACUGUUGCUGGUGUAUCAUGCCCCGACGACACUCAAGAGUCAAACUUCCGCUAGUAGCAAUCGCCUAUGGACACGCAAUACCACAAUCACCAUGUCGGAUCUGACAACGACCGUGGGAGAAACACCCCUAGCCUCGCCGGCUCAGACAUCUCAGUGCGCACUGCCUGCAGAACCAGCGACGGUAACAGCACGCCCAGACCUGACGCCUUUGGAAACGUCGACAGUUCAGGAAAGAGCGACUCCUCCGGUCUGCACCCAUUGCGACCUGCACCUACAGUUUCUUCAUCGGACCUUCUCGAACCCGCCGACCCUGACGGCCAUUAAGGAUCCGUCUCGUUGGACGAUCCUUCCAUCACUAAACAUCUUGACCGCGCACUCCACAACCGGAGAAGAGGCGAGUUGCAGCACGCCUUCGUCUUCUGGGCCCGGCAUCGGAGGAAAAUCGACCACGCUGUCUUGUGUGCGUGUCAGUGAAACGUCCAUUGCCAAAGGUGCUCAUGCACCUUCGCCUACCUUCUUGUCAUCUUCCCCGUCCGCGCCACCUCUCUCUGACGAUCAUACUGAACAACCUUUCCUAACAUCACGACAGAAGAUUACAGACCAUUACCUCGUUCGACCUUCCACCAAAAGACACCUCACCGAUCUCCGAGCGCAAGCAAUCCUCCUUCAUCUCCGAGCGAGGCCUUUUCACCUGCAACCAGAGUCUCCGAGCCCAAGCCUACCAAGAGGAAUUCUGACAAUUCGCGACUAUCCGAAGUUGUGGACGCUCAAGCAGAGCACAAGGUCGAGCUCGUCCCUCCACCCGCCUGACAAGGUUCUGGUAGAGCCAAGAAAUCGGAGGCUGCCCGGUGAGGCGUUCCACGAGUCUUCCGAAGAAGCGCAACACGUGGAGGGGACUGAGUCUUCUGCCGCUCCCAAGAGGAGAGGUAGGCUUAGGAAACAAAGCCACCUGACGCCGGUCGUUGUGUUUGGUACUGAAGAAGAUGGUGCGAUAGCGAGUCCUACGACGAAGCUGCUUCGCAGUCACAGCGCGCAACAAGAACAGCAUGCAAGCAAUGGCUCGGCCCAUAAACCAAGCCGGAAAAAUCAGUUUCUCGACACAUCUCUUCGAAACACCGCAGUCUGUCAAAGUAUUCUGGAGAACACCACAACGCGGAGGGAGUCGAAUGUACUGGCAUGCACCCCUCAUUGCCUCCCUGAGGUCUCAGAGGCAGUGUUACUAGUGUCACAAUACACAAGAAGGGACAAGAGACAAGGAGAAGCAAGAGGAAAUGAGAAGAGGAAAAGCUUGCCCAUCCUGUUGUGA